AUGUCGGAACGAGAAGACUCUCCAUCUUCACAUCAUCCUCUUCCUCCUUCUGAAUCUCUCUGUUUCUUCUUCUUCUUCAAAAUCCUCCUUCAUUCCCUUCAAAUCUUCUCCAGAAACAAACGCCAUUUCUUCUCCCUCUUCCUCUUCCUCUCCCUCCCUCUCUCUCUCCUCCUCUUCACCCUCUCCCUCUCCUCCCACCCUCUCAAAUCCCACAUCCUCCACCUCGAAUCCGUCCUCCGCCAUUCCCCCACCCGUUUCGAGUUCCGCCAUGUCUUCUCCGAGUCCCGCAACGACGCUUUCUCCCUCCUCCGUCUUCGCGCCGCCUUCUUCUUCCCCAUUUACGCCCUUUCCCUUUUUCUCGCCCUCGCAACCGUUUCCUCCACUCUUCUCUCCUUCCAAUCCAAACGUCCUUCUCUCAAAUCCGCUCUCGCCGGCUUCAAAAACACCUGGACUCGUCCUCUUGUUACCACGAUUUGUAUCUACGCCAUUCUCGUUGCCUACUCUGUUCUCCCCAAUACUCUCGCUUCCAUCUCUCCUUCUCUCCCUCUAAGAUUUGUGGUUUUGGUGUUUGGCGUUGUUUUCGAGGUGUAUUUGAUUUCGAUCUUGAGUUUAAGCCUUGUUGUGUCGAUUGCUGAAGAUAGAUUUGGCUUUGAUGCGAUUCGUGUUGCGGCCGGCUUGAUGGCGGAUCGGAAGUUAUGUGGUUCGAUUCUUACGGCGAUGUUUCUUCUUGCGUCGAGUUCGAUCUCGUCGGAGAUGGAGGGCCUUAUGGAUGGCGUUGAUCAUUGGAUGAGGUCCACGGCGGCGGUGACGUCGAAUGUCGUGAUCGGCGUUGGGGAUAAGAUCGGGUUAAUUUCUUUGUACGGCAUGGUAAUUAUUUCCGGGUAUGUGGUAACUACGGUUUUUUACUGCGAGUGUAGAAAAAGGGAUUUUGUUAGGGUGGAAAAUGAAGAGGAUCGCGAUCAUAUUGUCAUGGUUUAA